AUGGUCCAGGUGCUUCGCUACAUCGGUCGCGUGCACUGCGCGCCGAGCAUCAGCACCCCGGCGUCGAGUGCCGAGCGUGUCAAGCGCACGAGGAUCAAAGUUCGACUCGCUUCGAUGCCUUGCAUGCGCCCAGCAUGCAUCGUGGUGCAGAGCCGAGGAGGCCUGGCCUCUGAGCGCGGAGCGAGCCCGAUCCCAGAUCGAAUCGCUGCUCGCCAGUUGCAACGCGCAAGGGCGCAGCUGCGGAUAGAAUCGCGCCCAGCCGAGACAAGACCGCUUCGCCCCAAAAAGUCUCGACCCCGUCCCCUACGAGCAUACCGCCGCGCCGAUGGCGGCCCGAUCCGACGAUCAGCUGCCGACGAUCAGCUGCUGGUUUCGCACUCGCCGCAAGCUCGGCGAGUUCGUCCGUUCAACCCGAAUCGCAAGCCAUCCAAGAUCCAUCGGCCGGCUUCGCGGAUCGAUGCAAAGCGUGUACGAUUCGAUCAUAGUGCCCUCAGCCUGCCGGACGUGUAA